GUCACACUUCAUGGAGUUCAAGUAACUUCACAGUUGACCAUUAUCAUUGUGGGUUUUAAAAAAACAACAACCGCUCGGUUUCUGGGAGUACUCCCCCUAGAAUGGAGCGACGGUGCCCCUUCCAAAUAGCGUCGACAAGAAACUAUUUUUUUGGGGAGUCGAUCAUUAAAUUGGAAAAGAUGAUGCUAAAAGAAACAGUAAAAGACGUGUGUGUGUGUGUGUGUGUGUGUGUGUGUGUGUGUGUGUGGUGUGUGUGUUGUGUGUGUGUGUGUGUGUGUGUGUGUUGUGUGUUGUGUGUGUGGUGUAACUGUGAUAAAACAAGUCGUUUUCGGCGUAUAGGUUCCUAGGCUGCUUGUUUUGCCCCACAGAGAAGGGGCUUGUGAAAACAUUAAGCGGUGCUUCCUCUGCAGGAUGGUUCAGAAGGUGGCAGUGAUCGGUGCAGGACUUUCAGGUCUGACCAGCAUCAAGGCCUGUGUGGAUGAAGGUCUGGAGCCGACCUGCUUUGAGAGCAGCCAUGACAUUGGAGGUCUAUGGAGAUUUAAGGAGAAGCCAGAGCCUGGACGAGGUAACAUCUAUCAGUCGGUGGUCAUCAACAGCUCCAAGGAGAUGAUGUCAUUCAGCGACUUCCCUCCCCCUGCUGAGUUCCCCAACAACAUGCACCACUCUGAGGUGCUGCAGUAUCUGCGCCUCUAUGUGCAGGCGUUCAAUCUGCUGAAACACAUACGCUUCCAGACCACCGUGCUCAGUGUGAGGCAGACCCAGGAUUUUGCUGUGACAGGCCAGUGGGAGGUGGAGACAGAGAGCGGAGAGGGUCAGAGGGAGACCUCUGUUUUUGAUGCAGUGAUAGUUUGUUCUGGACAUUUCACACAGCCUCACCUGCCACUAAGAGACUUCACUGGUUUUGAGAGUUUUGAAGGCAGACAUUUCCAUUCCUGGGAAUACCGCAGUGCUGACGGGAUGGAGGGGAAAACUGUGGUGGUGAUUGGGAUUGGAAAUUCUGGAGGUGACAUAGCAGUGGAUAUCAGUAGAGUUGCUGAGAAGGUGUUCCUAAGUACCAGGAGCGGUGGUUGGGUUGUCAGCCGUGUAGGACAGGGGGGAUUACCAGCUGACCUUGUUGGGACUUCUCGAAUGGAUGUGAUGGUGCGGAAGCUCUUCCCCUCAUGGAUCAACAGGAUGCUGGAGAAGAAACUGAAUGAAUCAUUUGACCACACGCUAUAUGGCCUGAAACCAAAACAUGGAUUUUUUGCACAAAUUCCAGUCGUAAAUGAUGACCUGCCUGCUCGGAUCAUCUCGGGUCGUGUUCAGGUGAAACCAAAUGUGAAGGAGUUCCGUGGGUCCAGUGUGGUCUUUGUUGAUGGGAGCAUCAUAAACAAGGUUGAUGUAGUGGUGUUUGCCACAGGCUACAACUACGGCUUCCCCUUCCUGCCGCCAGCUCUGCAGGCCAAAUGUGGUUACAGGCUGCGUCUGUACAAACAUGUGUUCCCCCCUGAACUCACCCAGCCAACGCUCGCGGUGGUGGGCUUCAUCCACGCCUUGGGGGCUAUCAACCCACUGGCUGAGUUGCAGGCCCGCUGGGCUACGAGAGUUUUCAAAGGCUUAUCAACCCUCCCCUCAGAAGAAACCAUGUUAAAGGAAAUAGAGAAAGACACCACAACAAUGCACCAGAGAUUCGCCUGCUCUGAGCGGAACCCCCUCCAGGUGGAGUACAUACCUUACCUGGACUCUCUGGCAAAGAAGGUAGGGGUUCGACCAAACAUACUGAGGCUCAUGAUGAAGGACCCCAGACUGGCACUGCAGGUUGCGCUGGGUCCCUGUACUCCUUAUCAGUACCGCCUGACUGGACCGGGCCAGUGGGCUGGUGCCCGUCAAGCCAUUCUCACUCAGUGGGAGAGAGUGGUUCAACCUUUCAGGACCAGAGAUGUACCACAACCAGAGAACAAACCUUACUCUGGACUGAGCAUCAUAGUGCUUUUCUCAGGUGUUACCUUGCUGUGCUGCUUCUGCUACAAUAAAAACCCUCUCAGUAAGCUGCAUGGUUAUGUACAUUGAUUAAAAAAACAACAACACAAAAACAGUGUCCAUUUUGGAGGACUUUAUACAAAGCAUGCUUUAGAAUGUAGUAACUUGACUGCUUGAAUGAGUAAUACAGUUUUUUAAAUUAAUAUGCCAGUUUAUUUUGCAUUUUGGAUGUGAGAUUAACAAUUUUUACAAGCUGAAUGUCAGUAAAGAGAACUGUCUGAGACGUACGUAAAAUCAGAUGAGAAAAAUGCGCUUUACCAAUGGAUUAAAAAAAACUGGAGGGGAUACAUGUCUGUGAUUAGUUAUUUGAGAUUGGACUGUGCACCUGUCCUAUAUAAUUUAUGUUGAUUUGAGCAUUUUUACAAAAUAAUAAAUAAGGUUUGUUUUCACUGUUA